CAACGUCAGCAUUAACCAUGUCCAUGGAUGCUUUAUUCUUACAGUAUUUGUACAUGGGGAACCUUAAUCAGCUAUUUCCAGACAUUGUCUCUUAUAGGCAGCAUCCAUGAAAUCGGCCGGGUUUUUAAAGAUAGUGGUAGGACCUAUUUAUAUCUUAGCUUGAGAUGACAUAUCUUUGACAGGAAGGAUAAGCAAAAUACAUAAACACAAACAAACAAACAAACCAAACCAAACCAAACAAACCAACCAACCAAACAAAAAAAAACAGAAAAAAAAAUUAAACCAACAGCCAGACGAUGAGGAGUUGUUCUAGUGUAUUGUAAGUACUUUUCAAUGAAUAAUGAUGGGUAAUUUUAAAUGUGGAGGAAAGGUGCAUCUGAUGCCAUAAAGCUGAUGAAAUCAGAAAGAUAACCCAAAAGGAUCUCAAUAUUGUUAGAUUUUAUAAGCAGUAAGAGCUGUGUAGGAAUCCUUCUGUGAACCACAGAAAUAAUAAAUGCUGAGCCGUUGGAACAUAAUCUCAAUCAGCAAGAUGCCACAGCUUUCCAGAUUUUCUCACAGGGACCUGCUAAUUCCAUGCCAAAACUAGCAGUGGAUUUCUUCCUUCUAAUCUCCCCUAAUGCCUUAUUCAAUUAUUGUCACUGCUCUCCGACCAUACAGUGUCCUUUCAGACUCUUGUUUCCUAACUGAGUCCACCAGAAGAGGCUGAAUGUCCAUCAGGAUGUAGUCUAAGACCAUAAGCCACCUUGUUCCACAUGAAAAGGCAAAAACGAGAACAAGAGAGCAAGGGAGACCUUCAAAGUUUUUCUGGUAACCUCUUCAUCUACGGAUUACUGGCUGGACACAAACAGGGAAAAGAGAUAUGAGGGGUCUGGAAUAUUACUCUAGUUGAUUGGCAAAGGGGUGCUUGUUAGGAGGGAGGAGAAGCCAGGAGGAGGGUGAACUGGGGCAUUGCAGUGCUCUGCAGGAUGGCGUCGCCUCUGCCCUGGCUGUACAUUAUUCUAUGGUGAGUAAGAUUUUGUUUUUUCCCUUCAGCGCUAAGGAAAGUGAAAGCGCACACCCACUGGGUGACUUCUGUAGCAAAUCAUGGAAGAAGCCUGGGUGGUAUGGCAUGUAUUUGUGGUGGAGUAUAUGAGGGUGGAUUGGACAGCCUAUUUUCUCUGAGGCUGGGAGUGAGGAUCAUUGACUGUCUACUCACAGGGUAGAAAAUACCCUAGGGAAACUUGAAGAUGAAGGGAACUUCUACUCAGAAAACAUCAGUCGGAUCCUAGACAACUUGCUUGAAGGCUAUGACAAUCGUCUGAGGCCAGGAUUUGGAGGUGCUGUCACUGAAGUCAAAACAGACAUUUAUGUGACCAGUUUUGGGCCCGUGUCAGAUGUGGAGAUGGAAUAUACAAUGGAUGUUUUCUUCCGCCAGACUUGGACUGAUGAGAGGUUGAAGUUUGGGGGGCCAACUGAGAUUUUGAGUUUGAAUAACUUAAUGGUCAGUAAAAUCUGGACACCUGACACUUUUUUCAGGAAUGGCAAAAAAUCAAUUGCUCACAAUAUGACAACCCCUAAUAAACUCUUCAGAAUAAUGCAGAAUGGAACUAUUUUAUACACUAUGAGGCUUACCAUCAAUGCUGACUGUCCUAUGAGGCUGGUUAACUUUCCUAUGGAUGGGCAUGCUUGUCCACUCAAGUUUGGGAGUUAUGCUUACCCCAAAAGUGAAAUCAUAUAUACAUGGAAAAAAGGACCACUUUACUCAGUCGAAGUCCCAGAAGAAUCUUCAAGCCUCCUCCAGUAUGAUCUGAUUGGACAAACAGUAUCUAGUGAGACAAUUAAAUCUAACACAGGUGAAUACGUAAUAAUGACAGUUUAUUUCCACUUGCAAAGGAAGAUGGGCUACUUCAUGAUACAGAUAUACACUCCUUGCAUUAUGACAGUCAUUCUUUCUCAAGUGUCCUUCUGGAUUAAUAAGGAGUCUGUCCCAGCCAGAACUGUCUUUGGGAUCACCACUGUUUUAACCAUGACCACACUAAGCAUCAGUGCCCGGCACUCCUUGCCAAAAGUGUCGUAUGCAACUGCCAUGGACUGGUUCAUAGCUGUUUGCUUCGCUUUCGUCUUCUCUGCUCUUAUUGAAUUUGCGGCUGUCAACUAUUUUACCAAUCUUCAGACACAGAAGGCCAAAAGGAGGGCACAGAUUGCAGCCUCACCCCCAGUGACAAUAUCAAAAGCGACUGAACCCUUGGAAGCUGAGAUUGUUUUGCAUCCUGAUUCCAAGUAUCAUCUGAAGAAAAGAAUCUCCUCUCUGACCUUGCCAAUAGUUCCAUCCCCUGAGGCCAGCAAAGUCCUCACUAGGGCUCCUAUCUUACAGUCAACACCUGUCACACCCCCACCACUAUCUGCAGCCUUUGGAGGCACCAGUAAAAUAGACCAGUAUUCUCGGAUUCUGUUCCCUGUUGCAUUUGCAGGAUUUAACCUUGUAUACUGGGUAGUUUAUCUUUCCAAAGACACAAUGGAAGUGAGCAGCAGUGUUGAAUAGCUUGCAGCCAGGAUAACUUCUAUUCUAUAAGUUCUCAUUUUCUAAUUUUUAAAAAUACAUUAAGAAUUGUAUGGAUGCUUUUCUGAACAUUGAAAACCUGUAACACAUAGCUUUGAGUAAGCAUAUUUGGGCCAAAAAGCAAUAAUGUUACCCCUCAAAACUGGAAGUUGAAGGUUGUUGAAAACUGACUUUUCUAUAUGUUAGAGGAAGAAUUUGUAUGAGAAUAAGAUGCCCUGAAGAUGAAUUUGCCAAUCUUUGUCUUUCAAUGUUCAAUAUUUUAAUUGUCACUGUGAAGAGCAUUAACCACAAAGAUAAAAUAAGAAAUGCUAAUACUUCCAAAGGUUGCCUUAAAAUAUGUUUAUUUUGGCUUAGUUGUCAAAGAGUACACAAUAUAAAUAGUCUAAAUAUUUAUCAAUAGGUUAAUACCAGCAUGUUGAAGGCCUUUGUGCUAGUAAAAUGGUUUCCAGUGACAUUGUUAAGCCUGUAUUAACAAUUAACAGUUAAGCCUGAACUUAGCCAUUUGUUUUUAACCUUGCUGUGCUAUUUUACCUCAAUAAAUACAUAAAGUAUACAUAUGUAUAUCGCUUUAAUUAAGCUGCAAUACAGUGGUGUUUUUUCCCAUUAGGAGCUCCUUUAAAAAUAAUAUGCUCAUCAUAAUUCCAUGAGAUUGUAGAAAAAAAUGAGACUAUAAGGAAACUUUGUUAUAUUUUGACUGUGGUUAUAUCUCAUAUUUUCUACCUUUUUAAGUAUGCCACUAAAUAAAACAAAAAUAAACAUGGUUCCCUGGAUCUGGUUAAUAAAGAUAGGGAAAAAGAGCUUUCUCUUAAAUAUGAAGAAAUGAAGUGGUUACCUCUACCCAAUGUUAGAGUCCCCAGUGAUUCUGACAGGUAGAAGGUAUGGGACAGGCAGUCUCAGUCAUCUCACUCUAAAGAGAGUUAAGUUUGUAUUCACAGAGAUGAUUUUUCAUGUCUUUCCUGCUUCACUCAACAUGCUUUCGGUUGUGAGAUGAAUAAGGUCUGAGCAUCCAGUGUAUAAUAUGACAACUAGAGUACAGCACUAUAUUACAUAAUUAAAAUUUGGUAAAAGAGUAGAACUUGAAUGUUCUCAGCAAAA